GCGCCUUCUCUUCUGACGAACAACGUUGGCGGAAAUGGUUUCGGAGCGGGCCGAAGGGGGAGGAGGAGGAGGAAGAGAAGAAGAAGCAGCGGAGCCGGGGAGUACGGUGUCCGCGGAGGGCCGCGCUUAUCGGAGCGAGGAGGGCCCGGCCUGGUGCUGAGCUUAGCGGCCAUGUCGCUGCUGCAGUCGGCGCUGGAGUUCCUGGCGGGGCCGGGCUCCUUGGGCGCCGCCAGCCGGGACCAGAACGACUUCGUGGGGCAAGUGGUGGAGAUGGGGGAGAUGAAGCUCAGGAUCAAGAGGGUCCUCGCCGAAGGUGGUUUUGCGUUUGUUUAUGAAGCUCAAGAUCUUGGAAGUGGCAAAGAUUAUGCUUUAAAGAGAUUGUUAUCUAAUGAAGAAGAAAAGAACAAAGCCAUCAUUCAAGAAGUUUGUUUUAUGAAAAAGCUAUCUGGCCACCCAAAUAUUGUCCAGUUCUGCUCUGCAGCAUCCAUAGGAAAAGAAGAAUCUGAUACUGGGCAAGGGGAGUUUCUUCUGCUAACUGAGCUUUGUAGAGGGCAAUUGGUGGAAUUUUUAAAGAAAGCUGAAUCCAAAGGACCCCUCUCAUGUGAUACGGUUCUCAAGAUAUUUUACCAGACAUGCAGAGCGGUACAACAUAUGCACAAACAGAAGCCUCCAAUUAUUCAUAGAGAUCUAAAGAUUGAAAAUAUGCUGAUGAGUAACCAGGGGACCAUUAAAUUGUGUGACUUUGGCAGUGCAACAAACGUAGCACAUUAUCCAGAUUACAACUGGACUGCCCAGAAAAGAGCAGCAGUUGAAGAGGAGAUUACGAGGAACACAACGCCUAUGUAUCGGACUCCUGAAAUAAUAGAUUUGUAUUCCAAUUUUCCAAUUGAUGAGAAACAGGAUAUAUGGGCUUUGGGUUGCAUCCUCUACUUGCUCUGCUUUAGGCAACAUCCAUUUGAAGAUGGUGCUAAGCUUCGAAUAGUCAACGGGAAAUAUUCCAUCCCACAAAAUGACACAAGAUAUACUGUGUUUCAUGACCUCAUUUGUUCUACUUUGAAAGUGAAUCCAGAAGAGAGAUUAUCUAUUACUGAGCUUGUAAAUCAACUGCAAGAAAUUGCAGCUGCAAGGAAUGUAAACCCAAAGUCUCCCAUCACAGAGCUUCUUGAGCAAAACGGAGGUUAUGGAAACAAUGCUCAGCCUAGGCCAUCUUCAGCUCUGGUUCCACAGAACUCAAAACCUGUAGGACAACUCAACAACAUAUAUAAUGCAGGCAUGACUGUAGCAGAAUGUGACCAGACCUAUGCAGGGUUCUUUGAUAUUCUUAGGGGUGGAACAGAGAGGUUUUUAACAAAUAUCAAGGACACAUCUUCGAAAGUGAUUCAGUCUGUGGCCAACAGUCCAAGUUAUGCAAAAGGAGAUCUGGAUAUAUCAUAUAUCACCUCCAGAAUUGCUGUGAUGUCCUUUCCAGCAGAAGGUGUUGAGUCUGCCAUAAAGAAUAACAUUGAAGAUGUGCGGUUGUUCUUAGACUCUAAACAUCCUGGCCGCUAUGCUGUCUACAAUCUGUCACCAAGAACAUACAGGCCUUCAAGAUUUCACAAUCGGGUGUCUGAAUGUGGCUGGCCAGCGAGACGUUCGCCCAAUCUUCAAAAUCUGUAUAGCAUUUGCAAGAACAUGCAUUUAUGGUUAAAACAAGACCCAAAGAAUGUUUGCAUUGUACAUUGCCUUGAUGGAAGAGCAGCAUCAGCUGUUGUUGUUUGUUCUUUUCUAUGUUUCUGCCGUCUAUUCACCACUGCGGAAGCUGCUGUUUAUAUGUUUAGCAUGAAGCGCUGUCCGCCGGGUAUCUGGCCAUCACAUAAGAGGUAUAUAGAGUACAUGUGUGACAUGAUGGCAGAAGAACCCAUUAUCCCUCACAGCAAGCCUAUCCUUAUAAAGUCUAUAGUCAUGACACCAGUCCCUCUUUUCAGCAAGCAGCGUAAUGGCUGCCGGCCUUUCUGUGAAGUUUAUGUUGGGGAUGAAAGAGUAGCCACUACCUCACAAGAAUACGAUAAAAUGAAGGAUUUUAAAAUAGAAGAUGGGAAAGCAGUAAUUCCAUUAGACAUAACAGUCCAAGGAGAUGUUCUCAUUGUGAUUUAUCAUGCCAGGUCCACCUUAGGUGGCAGACUCCAAGCCAAGAUGGCAUCAAUGAAGAUGUUCCAGAUCCAAUUUCAUACAGGAUUCGUCCCCCGGAAUGCUACAACUGUGAAAUUUGCUAAGUACGAUCUGGAUGCCUGUGACAUUCAGGAGAAAUAUCCUGACUUGUUUCAAGUGAAUCUUGAAGUUGAAGUGGAGCCACGGGAUAGACCCAGCACUGACCGAGCCCCCUGGGAUAACUUGAACAUCAAGGGUUUGAAUCCCAAGAUCCUUUUCUCCAGCCGUGAGGAACAGCAAGAGAUACUAACAAAAUUUGGUAAGCCUGAACUGCCUAGACAGCCAGGCUCAACUGCCCAGUAUGAAGCAGAGGCAUCCAAGUCAGAACUAUCUUCUGAAGGUACACCUGUGGAACCAGACUCUCCACCGAGCAGUGGCACAGAGGCAAAUUUCUUCCAUACACUAGACUGGCAAGAAGGCAAACAUUCAGAUAUUGGAUCAGAGGCUUACUUUUCCAAAGAAACUCCUGGGCUAAUUGAAGAAAGGGAAGACAGUGAACCUUCAGAUGAAGAAUUUGCUGCAUUUCCUAGUGACGCCGGAGCUGCUGAAGAAAAAGAGAAAAACACACUGGGAAAUGAGGAUAGUGAGCAGUUCUUUGAAGCUGACUUUGAAAUGUCAGCUGUUCUGUCCAAAGAGACUCCGGUGGAAGACAGUGUUGACUUGCUUGGGCUAGAUUCAGAAACACCUCCAGAACUCCUCCAACCGCCUUCAGAGAUGAAGAGUUCCUCUAGCAAUGCAGACUUGCUGAAUGACUUGUUUGUUAGUGGUAUACCAGAGAGUUCAGAAGACUCUACUACGGACCUUUUGGGAGGAGGGGCAGACUUCUUUUUUGGGAGCCAGUCCCAACCCUCAGCAAACCCCCAAGGUAGUUGUCCUCCACCCACAGCAGCCAGCACCUCUUCUUCUUCAGCUGACCCAUUUGAUCCAUUCACAGUCAAUCCAGACAAUCCAACUCUUACUGGUCCUGAUCUCUUUGGCGACUUUCUCAGUCCAAAUGCACCAGCUGGAUCCAGCGUGUUUCCUUCCACACACAGUGCACCACCUCCUUCCUCUAGCACAGAGUUCCUUAAUUUAGGAGGUUUGGCACCAGAUCCACCUAAAAUGGCUUCCUCUGCAAGUCAGCCAGACCUUUUAGGUGGCUGGGAUUCCUGGGCAGAUUCCCCUCCAGUCAGCACCCCAACACCAGCAGCACCUAAGAAGACCACUUUGGAAGGCCAAGCUUUUACGACAGGAGGCCCUACGAAUGUUCCCUCAGGCCUUUCAUUCAAUCAAGCAAAAUCGCAGAACUUUGACCCUUUUGCUGACCUCGCUAACCUGAAAGCCGGCCUUCCAGGUGCUUCAAGUGGAGGAUUCUCAGCUGGUAGUUUUGCUCCCAAGUCCACUCCUUCACAAAAGACAGGGCAUCAGUGGCAGACCAGCAAACCGCAACCAACUAGCACAUCAUGGCAAGCUCACUCGCAGCCAAAACCACCAGAACAAGCCAAGCCCAGCAUGCAGCCGAAACCCAACUACACUGUGAAUUUCAGCGUUAUUGGAGGGCGUGAAGAGAGAGGUAUCAGAGCCCCUGGUUUUGGACAAAAACCCAAAGUUUCAGAAAAUGAUUUUGAGGAUCUUUUGUCAAAUCAAGGAUUUGCAGCGAAACCUGACAGAAAAGGACCAAAGACCAUUGCAGAGAUGAGAAAAGAAGAAAUGUCUAGAGAUAUGGACCCUCUAAAAUUAAAGAUUCUAGAUUGGAUUGAUGGGAAAGAAAGGAAUAUAAGAGCUUUAUUAUCUACUCUUCACACUGUGCUUUGGGAAGGUGAAACCAAAUGGAAACCAGUUGGCAUGGCAGACCUGGUUACCCCAGAUCAAGUGAAGAAGUAUUAUAGGAAGGCAGUACUUGUGGUUCACCCAGAUAAGGCUGUGGGGCAGUCUUAUGAACAGUAUGCCAAAAUGAUCUUCAUGGAGCUGAAUGAUGCGUGGUCAGAAUUUGAAAACCAAGGCUCAAAAUCUCUUUUCUGAUAUGGCUCCCUUUUGCACAGGGGGAGGAGUAAUUUCAAAAUGUAUUGGCAGCAAAACUGAAUCUUGAGUGCUGUUAGUGUAACCUCCUGAGAUCAAGGAGCAGGGGGAGGGGACCUUUCCUGGUUGUUGCACAUUUUGAAACUGUACACUCACAAACAGGGGUGUAUAUUGUAGGAAGCAGAGUAUGAAACAUUACAGAAGUGGCACACUGGGUCCAUUGGCACUAGGAAGCUUGUGCCCUGAGAGUGGAAGGUUCCAAGCCAUCUCAGAUGCAGUCAGAGGCACCUGUCGUUCUAAUGAAGGGUCUUGGCAUGGGCAAAAUUUGCUGUGAGAAACAUCAUCCACUUUGAAUCCUGAAUUAUCAUUUUGACUUUUUUUUUUUUGCUCUCCAUCUGAAGAAAUACAUAACUUCAGUUUGCAUUUCUGUCCCCCCCUCUGCCCAGUAGUUUUGUGAUUUUUCAUUUUGCUCUUUACAUGUUUGCCUUAUUCAAAGUGCUUUAGUUAUCUAUCAGCUGUGAGUUUGCUCAGCAUCUCUUGUUGUUGCUGUGAGAGGUGUACAUUUUUCUUCUGUAUUUUAUGUAAUCAUUCCAAUAAUCAUUCUGUAAAUAAUUAAACUGUUUUCUGACAACACCUGCAUUCCUUAUGCUGCAUUGACAGUUGUUUGGCCAAAAUGCUCCCAUUGGAGGAAAUGUUUGGCUGGUGAGAAUUUUGGUAUUUGUAGAGUUUGGGUCUUUUUAAAAAAAAUGGAAACAAGGAAUUAGAUCUUGGCUUUAAUUUAAGUACUGCAUGGUCUUGUUUUAUUUAUUAUGAUAUUCUUGGAGGCAAACUAUCUUAAAUUUCUGUUCUAAAGUGUGCAUUCCCCCCUUCUUACUUUACUGAAUGGUGUAUGUGCCUUUUUUUGGCAUAGUUGAAUUGUAUAGGAAGUAGGCAGGUUGGUAUAUACAGUAUGCAGAAACCCGAAAAGUGUGUGCAGUGAUCUGCUACUUCAAUUUGUCAGACUUAAUUGAGUAAACGUUGCACUGUUAGCCGCUGAAGAAGUGUGUGUGCUCACAUAUUUCAAAAGUAUAUUGAUUCUAGAAGUCUCUGUGUGUGGAUCAAAGAUCAGGAUAGCAUGUACUGUCUUUUAAGACAAUCCCCUAUUUGAUGUACCCUCAACUGCAGGGGCUAGUUCUGUACUUCAGAAUUUAAUACAAAUGUGCAUUGUUUAAUAUGAGGACUAUCUCUUUAUGCAGUCACUAUUAUGGUAUCUCAGUUGCAGUAGCACUCUAGCUUUGUUCAAGUUAAUCUAUUUGCAAGCUGUCAUGGUUUAUUCAGCCUGGUUUUGCAACUUUUUUGCUGGGAUCAGUGACUUGGCAGGGUCAAGGAAGGGUCCUUUUUACAAGAGUAGCUUCUGAAUGAAGUUCGAAGUGUGUCCUCUUUCCACCUCUACUGCUUUCGGCAAAUGAAGAAACAGCAAAUAACUUUUUGCUCCUACAGUCUUCCCAGGGGCUCAGGGAGCAGAAGUGUAUUUAUUAUACAAGCUGUCUUGCUUAGGAGUAGCCCACUUGUAUGGUUCCAGUCUCCAAGCUGCUGUCAUAAUGGAAAAGAUAUACAGACCCAAAGAAUAUUGACGUGUGGAAUGUGUCUGCCUUUAUCGCAUUUUUUUCUCAGGAGUGAAAUUGCAGACAAUGUUUGUUUUUUAAACUGUAUCUUGAUUGGAUAUUGUAAUCUCAGUGGAAUUAGUUAUUUUUUCUUGAUAUAGUACACAUCUGCUGACGUACUGAUUCAUCUCAGAUACACUCCUAUGAUUAAGGUAUAUAUUAUUCUGGAAAGAGGUCUAUUAAAGCUGUUUUUUUUUCUUCCUGCAUGUCAUCAGCGUGGAAGAGAAAUUGGAUGGUGCAUCAUUUGUGGGAAACACUAAAUUAUCUUCAGACAUAACAUGAACUCCUCCUUUGUGACAUUGGAUUCCAGGUUGCUGAAUGGACCUUGGCCUAAGCUAUAGAGUGGUUGCAUCAUUUUGGGUGUCAUGGAUUGCAGACUACUCAGAGUUAUUGGGAGAGCGUUUGUAGGCCCAAUGGAGGGGUCUACAUCACUCUUAGUUCUUUGGCCCUCCCAAAGUAACCCAUAACAAAAUUUCUGUAUCUCAUCUUGUGUAACCCAACAAAAUUUCCAGUGCAUUUUAAGGAGGUUCAAAGCAACAUUAGAGGUGAUAGGUUUUUUGUAACCCCAUCUCUACUUCAUACCAAAUCUCACCUUUUCAUGAAAUCCCAGGACUUCUUACGAUUGUAAUUUGGGGAGUGCACAAAAUGGGCUCUGGUAAUAAACAUAAAAAUCCCCCUCUGCCACCCCAGCUCUGUUACAAUUGUUAUAAAAUGAUGGUGGGUGGGAAAGUUCUGCUACAUAACUUUCAAGAAUGGAAAAUUACAUUGCUACAUGAAAGAAGCAUAGGCCGUGUAAUUUGAUGAAGAAUAACCACACAUUUUUCAUGUUAAGGAAAAUCCACUGGUACCCAUAGGGUAUUGUUUUUGUUUUGUUACAAUGACUGGAGUGUUGGGAAGAAAACAAGAGUUGUUUUGGUGUAUUCUACCUUGACUAUCUAGGAUAGUUAGGGUCUAACCAUUUCAAAUAAAGUUCAUACAUACGUAAGUAAUGCGAAUACAGCUCCAAGGGUGUUUAUACUCUUUUAAAGAGAGAUAUACUGCUGUAGAGGGUAAUUGAAACUUUAUAGUCUACAUUUUGGUAGUGGGGGGAGGAACCAGAAGUGGAAAAGAAUGAAAUAGAUAGGGGGUAUUAAAUGGGGUAGGAAUAGUUUGUAGUUUAAGUGGAGGCCAACUUUAAUAUUGGCGCUGAGAGGAAAAGGCAUUUCUUCCUCAAAAUAUUAUUUUGCUCUUGGUAAAUUACUCUAAUGUGGGAUAAAAAGAGGCCAGAGAACAAAAAUGACUGUUAAAUUUUCUUUUGCAAUUUUGGGGGGGGGGGGGGGAGAUGUGUAUCUUGAGGUUUUGGUGAAAUUCCAAAUCUAUAAAUUUAACUUGUUUAAAAUGUGGUUAUUUUAAAAUGGGGUGGGAAACUUGUUACUUUCAAGGGCACUGGCUCUCCCCCACCAAGAAAAAAAAUGGUGUCACAAAAUAUUUGCUUUGAAGUGGUUUUCAUGAUGGUAAACUGGAAACACCUCAUUCGAAGAAGAGCUUCCAAAUUGACUAGUUAUAAAUUUUUUUCCUUGUUUGGUCCUGAAUUUCAGCAGUGGCUUCCAAGAGGAGAAAGUUGCCCCCAGAACCAACGAAGUUGCCCACCCAUUUUAAAGGGAAGGUUGUGACUGCAUAGAACUACUUCCACAUAACUCUUCCAUACAUAGCUAUUGUAGGGUACCUGUUCCCUAUAUUGACUGGCAACAGCUUUCUGAGAGAUGGUGUCUGGCAGACAUCUUUCCCGUCACCAAUGAGCACAGAAGAGGGUAAAAUCCAACCCUCCAGAUCUUGUCAGAUGUAACUCCCAUCAUUCCUCACUAUGGCUAUCGUGGCUAGGACUGGUGGGAGCUGCAAUCCAAUAGUACCUGUGCAAGUGGAUUUUUUUUUAAACUACAGAUCACUGUGUCCAUUAAAACCAGUAUUACAUUAAUAGCAGGCUUCCCUAACUUUAGUGCCCUCUAGAUGUGUUGGACUGUAAAUCCCAACAUCCUCAGUCUCCAUGGUGUUUUACACCACAACCCCCAGAGGGAAUGCAUUCCUGGACUUGCUAUGGAAAUGAGAAAAUGCAGAUAAUAGCAAACCCUAUUGAAAUGAAUGACCAGUGGAAGUAUACCAUAGGAUCUCACAGGAGGACCUGGAAAAUACCUAGGGAGAACAUACUUUUUUGGAUGCAGGUAAGUGAAAUGGCGAGUCCUGGUCCUGCAGAUAUGGGAGUUGCAUUGUAAUUUAUGACAUCUACAGGGCACUGUGUUGGGGAAGGCUGAUCUACACCGAGUAGCAGCAACUUUUCAGGAUUGAACCUGGCAUUGAUUGACUUUCUGCAGUGCAAAGCUUGUGCUGAAGAAGUCGUCUUUGGCUUAAAUGUGACACUUGUGACCUAGCAAACUGUCCCUUGCAGUGUUGAGCCCCAUUGUUGGCUCUGAAUUUGUAAAGACCAGUACGAACUUUGUGGACAUGCUGAAUUUGGGGCUGUUGGCUCUAUAUCUUCUUUUGGAGGAGCACAUCAGUAUUUGACACCUUCCUGUGCUGGCUGUUUUGGUGUUUUAACCCAGCAGCAGUGAAUGUGAGGGGAAAAAAUCACUCAUACUCAUAGUGUGGAAAAGUUGCCUUUUGGGUCUCCAAAUUUCAGAAUCCAUCCAGGCAACAUGGCCAGGGUCAUACCUGCUGUGGAAUUCAGGGAGUAAUUCAGAAAAAGUAACUCCAGUGUCAAGACCACAAUGUAACUGCCUCACUUUACUAACUUUGUGUCAAAUUUCUUAAUUUCCUUUCUGUUGAUCUGCUGCUAUAAAAGAGGCUACAGGUUGACAAACCAGGAUGAAAACUGAGUUGCCCAGUAUAUAACUGGGUGAAUUUAGUUAGCAAUCUUAAAAUCAAAAAUGAUUUCUUUACAGUAUUGUCCCUUUUUCACCACAAGGGUGUGCUUUAUAAGAACAUGUGGCAAGGAAGCCGGGUUCUGGUGACACUGUAAAAAUGAACCUUGGAAACUCUGUGUUGCUGCUUGUCUUUUCUUUUUUAAAGAAAUUCUGGCCCUUCCUCAGUCCCAGGGGGAAGGUGAAGUUUUCUUUACCCAACAGAUAGUUCUGCUUGUAUGUAACUGCCAUGAUUGUACAUGGAUGAGCAGUGAUCCAAGUUUGGGCCACGGUUCUAGGUAGUCUUGUGUGGGUCAUCUGAGAACCAAUUUGGGCAUGCGGUGUCCCACCAAUGGUUAAUCAUUUUAGCCAGAGCUGAAGAGGGGGGUUCAGAUUAAGACAUCUUCCAGUUAUGUCUGGCCUGGCCAGAAGUCUCCUACUUGCCUGUCUAUCCAAGGAUGAUGCUUCACUUCUCUGUGCCCUUUGUCUGAAGAGUACUUUCGGACAGAAGAGCAUGUAGUUCUGGGUUAACUUAAAUUGUGUGCCACCUCCAGGUUGAAGUUCCUUUUACAAGCACUGGAACCUUUAUGUGGAAACUCUUCUGUCUUUUAAACUGUUCCACUAGCAAUCUAAAGAGCACUUUUUUUUUUCUAUUGGUAUUUCUACUUUAGGGCUCGCAAGUAAAAAAUUCAUAAUAUUAGGAAUUACUACCCACCAUUUUGGAUGGCUUCGUUCCCCCGUACUGUACCUCCAAAUCAUUGAACAAUGGGUAUAAAAUGGUUUUAAAAAUUAACCGUAUUAAGGCAAUAAAAGGAGGGCUUAUUCUCAAUUGAGACUGGCAGAGUGUGAUUUCUGCACAACUUCCCCACCUUGUUUUGCCUCUUCUUUCCCUGUGGCUUUUGCACACAACUUUCAGGAAUAAAAUACUGAAAUAAUUCAUGCAACUGUCUUUUUUUCUUAUAAAGGGUGCGUUUAUUUAAACUUUUUAAAUAUAAAAAUCCAAACAGGAUUUUGUGGCAUUGUGGACACUUUUGGAAACCAUUUACUGAAUGUACAAUGUACUGUUCUAUAGAACUGAAAAACGUUAAAUGAAUGAGGAUUUUUGCUCACUCCAUGGUAUUUUGCAAUUUCAUGUCCUUGUUAGACGUCAUCUCUGUGUGUAUGUCUUUUUGUGGGGGAGAGGGGUAAAUGGACAGACAAAGGGAAACCAAAAUCUUAUUUUUGUCUUCAUUGGGGGAAUUGCUGUGUGCUGAGUAAUUUUGGUAAUAGUCCAAUGCAAAAUGUAUAAAUGUGUAUGUAUAUAAAAUGAACAUUGUCUUAAGGUUGCACCUUGUAAACAAUUAUGAAUAAUGUAUUGAAUGUUUGGCACAUAAUUUUCUGGAUCAAAGUAUUUUACUUUGGAAUUAAGAUGAUCAGUGAUUAAAAGAAAUCAAACAUUG